CUUGGCCUAUAGCAGGGGAACGUUCGGGUUCUGGGGCGGGACACGCUGAUAGGCUCCACCCCUUGCGCUGCAAAGCAAACGGGGCCUGCAUCACUCUCGGGUUUGUUCAGGGAAGAGGAGGAGGCGCUUGCUGGCGUUGCCAAGGGCGUAGUGGCGCUGCUGUCCAAAUGGAACCCAACCUGCAGUUCUGGAUUUCCGAACGCCAAGCCUUUUUUCGAAGAUUUUGUCAGUGGAUGGAUUUAUUAGAUCCUGUAAACAUGUUUAUUUCAAUUGGAAGCAUAGAAAAAUCACGACAGUUGUUGUUUACCACUGAAGAUGCACCCAAACACUACCUGGAUAACCAAGUGAUUAAAGACGCAUGGAAUAAGAGUCUUUCAACUGUGCACCCUGAUAGCAGCAAGUUGAUCCCCCAUCUUUUUCGACCUGCAGCUUUCCUGCCUGUGACAGCACCCAUGGUAUUUCUAUUGAUGAUGCCAGACACUGGAAUAAAGUCCAUCAUUUUAACUCAGGGUUGCUUGUAUGGAUACACCACAGCCUUUAACAUCACCAAUGGAAAUGCCAGUUAUAGUCAUGGACCAGUAGAGAGAACAUUGUUGGGAGCAGGGGUGUUUGUGUCUUCAACUUUCAUUGGAUUAAUUCCUCAUCUCUUUCAAAUGAAGUAUCCCCUGAAUAACUUUUGGCUUAAAAGAACCUUGCCAAUCGUCUUUCUUGCCCAAGUCAGUGGAAUGAAUGUUUUUGCAUCCCGCAGUUUUGAAAACCAUCGAGGAAUUGAGGUGAUGGAUAAGGAAGGCCAUGUCGUAGGCCAUUCCAGAAAAGCUGGAAGAAAGGCUAUUAAAGAUACAGCGAAAUCCAGAGCAGUGCUGUUUGGGACCUCAGCCUUGGCCCCUGAACUCUUUAUCCACAUCUUUAAAAGGACGCGGUUUUACCCACAGACUCUGCUGUCACUCGUGAUCCUGAGAAUGAGUUCUACAUUCUUUACAAUGGGACUGAUGGUGCCAGUGUCAUUCAGCAUGUUUCCACAGAUUGGACAGAUCCAGUGCAGUCAGCUUGAGGAGAAGAUUCAAUCUUCUACAGAAGAAAAGGAACUCUUCUAUUACAGAGGGGUAUAGGAACAAGUUUAUCUCCUGUUUGGAAAUCUUUGGCCCCUCAAAGAGCACUGCCAUGGUCCUCAGGGUUCCCAGCAACACUUGUGCAGCAAGCUGGCUUCAGUGCCUGAGUCUAACCGAAAGAAGAGCAGCACCCAGGGGACUGCUGAGAUGAAGUAAGAGUCAGCCCGGGGAAGGAUAAUGUGACCCUGUGAAUAAACCUGUCUGAAGUUGAGUACUUGAAAGAAAUCA